GGGAAACUGUUGUUGAUUUUAAAAAACAUUAGAUUUUGUAAAAUCAUUGUGCUUCUUUUCAUCUAUAACCUGCAAUAUUUGUUUGUUUUUAUGGUGAAAUGCAGUUAAGAGUUGAGCGAUGAUGUCAGCUUUCCGUGAUGGAUAACGACUUGCUUUGUAAUUAUAGAAAAUGCCGAAAACGUCUUAACUCUUUUUCUUGGGUUACAUCUUGUUCUCAUAUUUUCUGUGAUGAAGAUGGUACGAGAGAGUUCAAUAAAGCAUAUGUUUGUCCCGCUUGUGAGACUGAUUUGUCUGGGAAAUUCGACAUUGUCAGAAUUGAUCUGCAUCCUUCUGAGCAAUAUAAAUCAAUGAUCUUAGCUGGACAAAAACCUGAAACGAUUAUGGAGAUUUGCUCAAGAGCAUUGUCAUUUUGGACGUACCAGACUCAUCAAGAGAGAACCUAUCAAGAAUACGUCUCAAGCAAAACUAAAGAAAAAAAUGUUCAAUUGGAAAAUUACUAUGAACAAUUGAUUGCAAAGUCUCACCAAGAAAUAUCUUCACUAAAGUCAGAAAUAUCUAUUAAAGUGAAGGAACUGGAAGAGACAAAAAAGAGAUUACACGAAGCUUCAGAAAAACUACAAGAAAGAAGUAGACAACAUCAAAAACUUCAGGUCAUGUAUGACUCCUUAAGACGAAAAUCUAUCAGCAGUUCAGUAUUUAAUCAUGGCGAUAGUAGGAAUGACGUCACAAGAAGAAGGAGUGCUUUUGAUUUGACUUUAGGAACUGCAUCUGAAUUAUUAUCACGCAACGCUCAUUCAAACAGUCUCGUUGAUCUCAGUCGUAUAACUGGUACGAAUACAAUAGUCAAUAUUCCAGAAAAAGAGUUUGUAUGGAAACCAAUGUCAACUAUGGAAGAGCAUUAUGAAGGAGCACACACCCCCCUGAUGAGCGACUCUCAAGGAUUAGAAAACAGAACACAUUUGGAGAUCCCAGGGUCAGGUAUCAAACGACGUCUGGGAAUGAGAAAAAUUGCCCCAUAACAUUUUCUAUGAAUGUCCAAUUCUUUAAUCAUCAUUUUUUAUAUAAUUUUCGAGGUACAGUCAUGCUAGAACUAUCUAGAAGCAUUUAAUUAUCUUUUUCUACGUGUUUAUUGAUAUAAAAAAGCUUUUUUUCCCUCAAACUACAAAUUACAAGUUCAUUGUAACGUUGUAGAA